AUAAAUUAAAGUAAAGAGACAAAAAAAAAAUCGAAAAACUAAAAUGUUUUCACAUGAAACGUUCGAGUGAGGGUUCCAAUAUCAGUAGUCGAGAGAAAUUCAUUCAUUCCUCUUUGACUUUUAGAGUGAGUAACACUUCCGAGAGUUCGUUACAAGAAGCAAAAAUGUGAAACUAAAUUUUAAGAAAUUAAAUAAAAAAAAAUGAAUUAAAUAAAUAGAAAAAAUAAAUUAAUUAAAUAGAAAAAAUAAAUCAAACAUGUAAGAAAAAAGUGUUGACAAAAAACUAAAUAAUUAUAAACAAUUUUCUCAGUGAAUAAAAAAAGUGGAUUCAAAUUUUAACAGUUAAUUUAAAUUUAAUUGCUUGACUUCAAAUUUCUUUUUAAAAAAAAUGUCUACAAUCGUCUUGAUAAAUUGUUUUCUGAAGUAAAAUUAAAAUAGACAUAAAAUAACAGAAAUAUAACUAAAUAAAAAAAAAUUAUGCAGGCAACUAAAGGACUUCAAUUAGUCUUACUAUUAGGAGCAACACUAACGUGCUUAGCAUUUUUGAAUAAAUAUCCAAACAUUUCUUAUAAGGUGGAUAAAAGUGAUUUUCUUCCAUUGGCAAAUAAUGUAUUACAUUUUAAGAGUACGAAAUUGAAUAAAAUUUCUCUACAAAGACUGGAGAGUAAAAUUCAACAAAGAUUGAAGAAUAUUGAAAAAUUUUGUGAAAAUCAUAACCGAACUCGUCAAUUUGAAACUGUGAUAUCAAAAUUAAUUAUCGAUGUAAAAAAUGGAAUAUCUUGGUGUCCAAUUUACAAAGUUGCCAGUUCACUCUGGAUGAGACGAUUUGCCAAACUGGGAGGAAUUUUAACAAACGAAACGAAAGAACGUUUAGAAGAAAAUGCACUUCAAAUAAGUACAAUUGUCAACAAUUUUUACAAUAAUGAUGAGAUGAAUAUCAACGAAAGACUUCAAAAAUUAAAGAAGACGAAAAUAUUCCUAGUGGUGAGACAUCCUUUCGAACGAUUACUUUCUGCCUAUCGAGAUAAAUUAGAGCACAAGGAAGGACGUGAUUACUACUAUCGACGUUUUGGACGACACAUAACGUACAAAUAUCGUAAGAAUAAAACCGAAAACACACAGUCCGAACCAUUAUUUAUCGAAUUUUUGGAAUUUAUUGUCAAGGAAAAAUAUUUUGACGAACACUGGAUUCCAUACACCGAAGCCUGUUUACCAUGUGAUAUUAAUUAUAAUUACAUCCUAAAAUUUGAAACAUUCGAAGAGGAAAGUCGAUUUUUACUUCAACAAUUGAAAUUAGACGAUAAAUUACAUUCUCUAGAGAAGAGAAAUUCAACAACAAAAUCAAUACUAAAAAAUUACUACCAGCAAAUACCUGUAAAACUUCUAAAAAAAUUAUACAACAUUUAUGAAAAAGAUUUUCAACUAUUUUCAUACACACCCGAAGAGUAUUAUUCAUUAGGAAAGCAAGACUAAUUUAUUUAAUUUAAGAAUGUAAAUUUUCUAGAAUUAAAAAUAAUUUUCUGUAAAUAAGAAAAAAAAUAGUUUUCUUAAAAAACAAAUUGUUCUUAAAAACAAAAUUGGUUUUUUCAAAAAUCAAACAAAAUAGAUGAUUCACAAGUUUUGAACUUUCAAAUGAACGAAAUUUAUUUAUUUCUUCUUCAAAUUAAAUUUUCAUUACAAUAAUUUUGAGUCACUAUCAAAAAUAUUAAAAUUAUAAAAUUUUUAAUUUUUAUUGCAGUUUGUAAUUUAUGAAAAUAUUUCGUUCAUUUGAAACGGUAAAAAUUUUGGAUCAUCAAAACGGAAUAAUUAA